CUGAACUUUCCAAACUUUCGUUAUCGGAUAGAUAAUGAUUUGAUCUACGUUAAAAAAUCUAAACACCAAACAUCAGUAAAUUUUUUUUUAAAAAUGUUUCGUUCAUUGACUAUUGCCAAAGGUUUUGCCGGUCGAGCUUCAAUGCUCGCCAAAGGGCAACAAAAACGCGGUCUUGCAAUACAUGAAUAUUUGUCAAUGGAGCUCUUAAAUAAAUAUGGUGUAAAAACUCCGAAAGGUGGGGUCGCCAGGAGUCCCCAGGAAGCUUAUGAGGUUGCACAAAAAUUAGGUACCGAGGACGCGGUUAUCAAGGCUCAAGUACUUGCAGGUGGUCGUGGAAAAGGUACUUUUACAAGUGGUCUAAAGGGAGGAGUCAGAGCGGUCUUUUCUCCCGCCGAGUCUAGAAUGUUCUCUGAACAAAUGCUUGGUUAUAAACUUAUAACAAAACAAACUGGUGCGGCUGGAAAAAUUUGUAAUGCGGUCUUUAUCGUUGAACGUAAAUUCGUUCGUCGUGAAUUUUAUUUUGCCAUUUUACAAGAUAGAAAAUCCCAAGGACCUGUUAUUGUAGCUUCUUCUCAAGGUGGUGUCGAUAUUGAAAGCGUGGCUGCGGAAAAUCCUGAUGCUAUUAUAACAUUACCAGUCGAUAUCGAUGUGGGUUUAAAAAGGGAAGAUGCUAAGAAUAUAGUAGAAAAAUUGGGAUUUUCUCCAAAAGUUGUUGAAGAAGCAACUGAUAUGAUACAAAGACUUUAUCAGCUAUUUAUUGAUAAAGACUGUACACAGGUUGAAAUUAAUCCUAUGGCGGAAUCUGCUGAUCACGAAGUUCUUUGUAUGGAUGCAAAACUUAACUUUGACGAUAAUGCUGAUUUCCGUCAAAAGGAUAUAUUUGCCUUACGUGAUACAUCUCAAGAAGAUCAACGUGAAGUUCAAGCAGCCAAAUAUAAUUUGAAUUAUAUUGGGUUAGAUGGACAAAUUGGUUGUUUAGUAAACGGAGCAGGGUUAGCUAUGGCUACAAUGGAUAUAAUUAAACUUAAUGGUGGAGAACCUGCUAAUUUUUUGGAUGUUGGCGGAGGAGCAACAGCUGAACAAGUUACCGAAGCAUUCAAAAUCAUAUCGUCCGAUCCACAAGUUACGUCAAUUUUAGUAAAUAUUUUUGGAGGUAUUAUGCGCUGUGAUAUUAUUGCUCAAGGUAUAAUUCAGGCUACCACGCAGUUACAGUUAACAUUGCCAGUUGUUGUCCGAUUACAAGGUACUGAAGUCGAUGCUGCAAAGAAACUUAUUGCAGAGUCAGGUUUACGUAUUAUUUCAAUUGAUGAUCUUGAUGAUGCUGCUUCUAAAUCCGUACAAUUAUCAAAAAUUGUUCAACUUGCGCGUCAGGCAAAGAUAGACGUUACGUUUGAAUUACCCAUAUAACCAAUUAAUUUAAAUUUCGUUAUUUUGUUAAAUUUUAUAAACUACAAUUUUAUUUGUUCAUCUUUCACUAAAAUUAAAAUUGUUUUUAUUUAUUCACCAUGCUAUUAGUCAUCAUCUUAGUUAUAAAUUAGAGUUAUGCUUUUUAAUGAUAACAUAACCUUUUUUGGCCCUUUUUUUUCUUUCUUCGGGAGCAGGAAUUUUUUUAACAUUAAUUACUUGUAAAAUUUCUUUUACUUUGAGUAUCAUACCGGCAAUAUAAGCAGUUUGAGAGUGAUAGACAGUUUGUUGUAAACGACGUAAACCUAGAGCUCGUACAACUCUUCGAAGUUUUAAAGGUAAACCAAUUGUAGAGCGUCGUAAAGUAAUUUUAAAAAAACCAUUUGGAAUUUUUGAUGAAUUUUUAUGAGAAAUUUGAGAAACCGAUUUAGAAUUAGGCUUU